CCCUACACUAUCUCUGCAGUAGCACGUAUCUUCUCUCCCUCUCUGACCUCUGGCUCUGUCUUUCUACUGCAGUACCCCCAUCUCUCAUUAACCUACUCCUCUAUAUCCACUAGUGUGCGUUCAUCAAAGGAGCCUCUAUUCUAUCCUACAGUGCAGUGUUGGUCGCACCAGUAAUAUAAUUGUGGUAUUACAACAGGACUGUUAUACUUACCAAAUAUAAACCAACCGGUACACUCUCACUUUCUGUGUGGCUCUUCUAUAUCUCCAAGCUCAUAUCUGUGUGGCCUAAUAGCACAAGGAGAGAAGUACAUAUAUAGAGGAUGGGUUGCUGUGCCAGUAAAGCUACCAAUGACGAGAAUACUACAAACAAGAAUACAACUGAUGGUAAUAAUGUAGGGGGAGGAGGAGGAGGAACAGGAGGAAUAGUAGGAAGUGGAGUUGAUGCCAGAUAUCAUCCUAAUCCGCAGCCAACAGUGUCUCUCUCUGGUAACAACAAUCAAAACACUUCGUCCGUCGCUUCAUCAGGUCCUAAAUUCAUUGCCCGCUUCAAGUACAUGGCAAGAACAGCAGAGGAUCUCUCGUUUCAGAAAGGAGAGAGGCUAGUGGUCAUUGGACCACUGGAGGGCGACUGGUGGAUGGCACGGUCACUGGCUACCGGUAGCGAGGGGUACAUCCCACGUAACUAUGUUGCACCAAUUGAGAGCUAUGAGGCAGAAGAUUGGUAUUUCGGGGACAUUGCUCGUGCAGAAGCAGAAAAACUUUUAAUGAUAUCCACCAAUGUCCAGGGGACGUUCCUCCUCAGAAUAAGCUCCUCCCAAAAGGAUGCACUCUCCCUCUCGCUCCGUGACGUUGAUGGAGUAAAGCAUUACAGGAUAAGGAAAAUGGAUGACGGAGGAUUCUUUAUAACUACUAGAGCAGUUUUUAAUACACUUCAGGAAAUGGUCAGACAUUAUAUGAUGGAGGCAGACGGUUUGGCACAGCGUCUCUCUGUGCCCUGCCCUCGUGUUAAUCAGCCGAGUACAAUCGGUCUCUCGUACAGAGACGAAUGGGAGAUUGACAGAUCAACCCUCCAGUUUAAUAAGAAGCUUGGUCAGGGUAACUUUGGUGAAGUAUGGUCUGGACUAUGGAAUGAAACCACUCCUGUAGCUAUCAAGACUCUGAAACCAGGCACAAUGGAAGUGAAUGAUUUCGUGAAGGAGGCACAAGUGAUGAAGAAGAUACAUCAUCCACACUUACUUCAGUUGUAUGCUGUGUGUACCCUAGAGGAGCCCAUCUAUAUAGUAACGGAGCUCAUGUCUCACGGGAGCCUCUUGGACUACCUGAGGAAUGGGAAGGGACGCUACGUUAAUGUUCACCAAAUGAUUGACAUGAUAGCUCAAAUAUCAAGUGGAAUGGCCUAUUUAGAAGAGCACUCUUACAUACACAGAGAUUUAGCUGCAAGGAACAUUCUAGUCGGUGAGGGUAACUCCUGCAAAGUGGCUGACUUUGGUCUUGCAAGAGUCAUAAAGGAAGACAUAUACAGUCCCAAAGAAGGAGCCAAGUUUCCAAUUAAAUGGACGGCCCCAGAGGCUGCUCUCUAUUCACGUUUCACAAUCAAGUCUGACGUGUGGUCAUUCGGUGUGCUAGUGGCCGAGGUUGUGACUAAAGGAGCAAUGCCUUACCCUGGAAUGACCAACAGACAAGUACUAGAGUCAGUAGAAGCUGGUUAUCGUAUGCCUAAACCGGAUACAUGUCCUGAUCCACUGUACAGUAUAAUGAUGGAGUGCUGGAGACAUGAACCGGAUGACAGACCAACCUUUGAGUCCCUCAAGUAUCGUCUUGAUGAUUAUUACGUCUCAGCAGCUGAGGGCUCUUACCAACAGAACGUGCAAUGAGAGAGACUGAGAGAAAGAAGAGAAGACUCUCUUAUUUCUGCUCUAUUAGAUUUAUUAUUAUUAUUUUUAUUAACCUUUUUUAUCAACUCUCUCUAGCAGUGAAUCAAAUGUUGGAGACAGUAUUAUAGUAAUAGUAUCAUAAUAUCUUUGUACCAGUCAUAUAGUUUGUUCUUGUUGUAUGUAUGUGUAUUGAUGUUGAAAUGAAUUUUAUGUCAUUUUUUUUAUUCUUUGAAUUUUGAAUCAUAACAUGUGUCAUGCAUUGUGUACAAGUAUUUCUUCCUUAUUAUUAUUAUUAUUAUUAUUAUUAUUAUUAAUAUUAUUAAUUAUUAGAACUUAGAGGCACAAUACAUUAAGCAAGCAAUAUCUGCCUUUCCAAAAAAACUCGUAUUAUCUACAAAGUUGGAAACUGAAUUUUCUAUAACAAAAAUCUACAGAUAACUAUAGCACAAUAAUG